UAUAAUUCCUAUUUCAGAAGAUGACACCUGCUACUCCACCUCCACCUACAAGUGAUGGACAGCCAGAGAAUGUCAAGAAAUCAAUAGCCUCUAGCUGUUCAAGUUCGGCAUUAGAAGGGACAGAUACACUGUUCACCCAUUCAAGCUGCACAACUACGGAAAGAGAAUUGCUGGGAAGGGCACGGAAAAGAAUGAAGUUCACUUCAAGUGAGGUAGAGGCAAUCAGUGAGCUCUUCCAGACCUUUCUUGAGGAAAAAAAGGUUCCAACCCUCUUGCAAGCCAAAGAGACCAUGGACGAGAACCCUGAACUUUCAAAAAUCUUGACGCUAAGAACACCAAAAGACGUUAUUGACAAGAUAAAGAAUAAGAUAAAGGAAAAGAAAUAAUUCUAAACCGUCUGUAUUGAAAAACUUGGUAUACUAAAGAUCGAAUUUGACACAUAUGACCAUCUAACCAUUAUACGUAUGCGAUGGUGUUGUCCCAGGUCUUAUGAUGGGAUCAACAUUCAAGUUUUCUGCAAGAUACUCAUUUUAGCAUUAGCUUUGCAACUGUUCAUUCUGAGGUGACCAAAAUUGGAUCAUUAAUGCAAUUUGGACAUGUCCAUGUUUAUCUAUGGCUAUUGCCUUGUUUGUUUGUUUUUUGUUGCAUAAUACAAUGCCAUGGUAAAGAAAAUUUAAACAAAACUUAUUUUAUUUAAUAACUUAUAAAGUACUUUCAGGGGAAUUAAGCCCAGAUAUUAAUUUGUUGUCAGUAGAGAAAGAAAAAUGAAAUGAUCAGACUGUGACUGUGACUGUUGAGUAGAAUUGGAUGAUCCAUUCAAACUUUAUAAGUUUUCAAAAUUUCGAUUUACACUUCUGAUGGGCUUCUUUAAUUGGCAAC